AUGAGCGAGAUGGUCAAUGCCAUGGGUGACUUUGGCAACAUUACGGGAGUCAUUUCAUUCCUGGAUCUGAUCUUGAAGGAAGGGCUUCGGAUCGAUGAAGGAACUUGGGGCUCAGCGCUGAAUGGCUGCAAAAUCGCAGGCAAGCCGCGCACAGCCAAGUACUUCUUGAAGGAAAUGGUAUCGAGAAGUGUGCCUGUCAACCUCAUCCACUACACACAUGCCAUGGCCGCACAUGCCGGCCGAAAGCUGGAAAACAUCACGGCUUUCGCGGAGGAGGUAGCGAUGUCCGGUAUUGACAUUGACGAGUAUUUCGUGGAGAUGCAUGUGACAUCAUUGAUGGGGAGCCGGAAAACUACGCAUGAGACAAAAAGCAUGGCUGACGUUCGCAGGGUCGUUUCCAAUGUGAAGCCUUCGCACGCCGCUGAGGCGCUUCGCGUAAUCGAGGCUUCCAUUUCUAACGGCAUGAAACUGACCCGACUUACACGGCGUUUCCACCAGGCUUUGCUCGAGGUUCGGGCAGGACCAAGAUAG